AUGUCUCAACAAGCUCGUAUUGAUGUCGUAAGUGGUGUCUUUGGUAGGAUCCCUCGUGAUCUCCAGUUCCCAAAGGGCAGUAAUGGCAAGCAGCUGGCUACCUCGGAGAUCUUUGGUUCCAAUGUCUUUAGCCUCAAGGAGAUGGGUGACAGACUUCCCAAGCCUGUGUUCAAGACGUUUUGCAACCAACUUAAAGGCGGUCAAACAUUAGACAAGGUUACUGCUGAUGCUAUUGCUCAUGCUGCCAAGGUCUGGGCUCUUGAGCGUAAUGCUACUCAUUUUACACAUUGGUUUCAACCUUUGAAUGAUACCACGGCUGAAAAGCAUGAUUCAUUCUUGUCAUUGAAGACCACAUUUGCUAAUGGCCUUCCCGAGGUUACUGCCCUCGAAACCUUCUCUGGAUCAGAGUUAUUGCAAUCAGAACCUGACGCUUCAUCCUUCCCAUCGGGUGGUAUGCGUACGACGUUCGAGGCCCGUGGUUACACUGUGUGGGACACUAAGAGUCCCAUGUUCCUCCAAGAAGGACCCCACGGCACCAUGAUUCUCUAUAUCCCCUCUGUCUUCAUCUCCUACAACGGUGAGGCUCUUGAUGAAAAGUCUGUUCUUUUGAGAUCAUCCUCUAUUAUUUCCAAGGUCGCGUUAGAGAUCCUUCAUCUCAUUGAACCUGUAAAAGAAGAUGUUCCUCGUACAAAGGAGAUUUUCACCACACUGGGCACUGAGCAAGAGUACUUUUUGAUUGACCGAGGUUUGUACGCUCUUCGUCCUGAUCUCAAGACGUGUGGUCGUACUUUAGUCGGUAGUCUUCCUGCUCGCCAUCAACAACUUGAAGAUCAUUACUUUGGUAAAAUUCCUACUCGUGUCUUGGCUGCCAUGAGCGAAGUUGAGCUCGAAUUGGCCAAGUUGGGUGUUCCCAUCAAGACUCGCCAUAACGAAGUGGCUCCAUGUCAAUUCGAGGCUGCUCCCAUCUUUGAAGAAGCAAUGCUUGCUGUCGAUCAUAAUUUGCUGACCAUGGAUAUCAUGCACCGUGUUGCUCACAAGUACAAGCUCAAGUGUCUUUUCCACGAGAAGCCUUUCAAGGGCGUCAAUGGAUCUGGUAAACACUGUAACUGGAGCAUGUCUACUGAUCGCGGCGAUAAUCUCUUGAGUCCCAGUUCAUCUCCUGAGACAAACUACCGUUUCUUGAUCUUUUUGGUGGCUGUCCUCAAGGGUGUUCUUGAUCAUGGUGAUCUCUUGCGUGCUGGUGUUGCCUCUGCCUCUAACGAUCAUCGUCUUGGCGCCCAAGAAGCUCCUCCAGGUAUCAUCUCUGUGUUCUUGGGCUCUGAGCUCAAUGAAGUAUUGAAUGCCAUUGAAGAAGGCCGCCCUGUCAACAAAACGUUGGCUGGUACUGAAACCACUCACAUGCGUAUUGAGGGCACCACGCUUGAUCUCAAGGUUGCUACCCUGCCUAAACUGAGUCGUGAUAUGACUGAUCGUAACCGUACCUCUCCUUUUGCCUUCACUGGCAACAAGUUUGAAUUCCGUGCUGUUGGUUCCAAGCAAUCACCUUCCUUCCCUGUCACUAUUCUCAACUCUGCUGUUGCCUCUGCUCUCAUGGAAAUCAAGGACGAUCUCAAGAAGCAAAUGGGCGACAAAGCCGUUGCAUCUGAUGAGGACAUAUUGACUGUGAUUCGCAAGUACAUUUCAUUGACCAAGAAUGUUCGUUUUGAAGGUGAUAACUAUACCGAAGAGUGGGUACAAGAAGCUGCCAAGCGUGGUCUUCCCAACAUUGUCAAGAGUCCUGAAGCCUUCAAGCGUAUCCUGAGUUCCAAGAACUCUGACAUGCUCACUCGUCUCGGUGUCUUUACGCGUGCUGAAUUGGAUUCUCGUUAUCACAUCAUUGCUGAAAAGUACACCAAGGAAAUCAUCAUUGAAGCACAAACUCUCUGGGGCCUCUUGAUUCAACAUGUGCUCCCUGCUGCAUUUAGUUAUCGUCGUGAGCUCUCUGAAUCUGCGUCCUUCUUGAAACAAAUUGGUUCUGAGGCUGCCCCUGAACUCAAAUGGUUGUCUCAAUUAGCUCCUAUCGCUACUGCACUUCAAGAGUCUGCCGAAGAGCUGGAUGCUUUAUUGGCUGAACAACAGCCCAUCGAAGAAACUGAAGCUGCUGCUGAUCAUGCUUGUAACAAGAUCUCUCCUGCUAUUGAAAAGGCUCGUAGCUUGACUGAUCAAUUGGAAAAACUUGUUGCUGACAAGUACUGGCCUUUACCCAAGUACCACGAAUUGUUCUCUACUCUUUAA